AUGAAUUUUUUUGGCCCCUCAUCAGCACAUCCUUUUUCUAAGACUUUUGCUAAUUCAAUAACGAAUGAUAACAAAAGAUCAAGUUCAGUACCAUAUAGUUCCCCAAGGGUAGCACAACUUCCACCUAACUCCUUUAAUUUUAAUGUCAUACCUAGUAUUUCCCACGAUAAUAAUCAUCACAAGAACAGUUUAGCCCAAAAAGGGCCUACUGAUCCAAAUGAAACAUUAGCUAAUAAUGAAAAUUCAAAUAGAACUUUAAAUGAGAAUAGUAAUACUAACAAGUUACAAAUGCUAAUUUUAAAGCACGAACAUCAAUCACAGGAAAAUCAAACUAGUAGUAAUAAUAAUGAAGGUGGUAAUACAAGCUCCAAUUUUUAUGCCAUAACUCAGUACAUUCUUCAAGACUACUUUAAGGCUAAUGUAAACAAUUUGCCCACAUUAAAAUUAGUAGACCUUAUCGUAGAUCAAACAUAUACCGAUUCAUUAACAUUAAGAAAGCUGAACGAUAGUUCUUCAUUCCAAACCUAUGAAUAUUUUAACACUGUUCCAAGAGAUGGGGAUAUAUCACGUUGCCCAAUUUUUGCGCUAUCUGUAUAUUUUGUAAUCAGAUGGAGUCAUCCCACUCAGCCAAUAACAAUAAAUAACUUCAAUGAAAUAUUGUUGCUAGAAUCAUCUUUGAUUAGUUUAGACGCUACAUCAGAGAUUAACGUACAAAAUCAAACCAAUGUAAAUAAUCGUACUGGAAAACUGGCGAGGGCACAGACGUUUGAACCUUCUAAGAAACUAAUCAAUAUUGUGUUUCCAUGGUUACCUGCAUUUAGACAUGAUAUGUUAGCUAUCGAUCGUACCAAUUAUAAGCUUCAUUCAUUAUGUGAACUGUUUGAGUUUAUGGGAAAAGUCCUAAUCCAAGAUCUAAAACAUUUGACUCAGAAUCCAUUAUUACUUCCAAAUAUUGUUUCAUUUAUUUCGAAGUUUAUCCCGGAUUUGUUCAAUCAGGACGAGUUUCAAAGAGGUGAUGUUUCACAACAAAAUAGCAAUAAUCCAUUACAAAACAAUACGUAUAAUAAUAGCGUAAUUAACAGUGACCUUUCUAUGAUGGGACUUGGAGAUACAAACUCCAGCGGUGUCACAAAAGAACAAGUAACAAACCUAGUAGACUCUCAUCUAACGGAACUAUCCAAAAAGUUGACAACUGAAAAUAUCAGACUUAGUCAACAAAUAACACAGCUAAAAUAUGAUCUCAGUUCAUUAAACUCUAUGUGCAAUCAAAUUUUGCAAGUCCAAAGGCAGCUUUUGUCUGGGGCAACGAAUAAUACGACAGGUAUUCAGUUACCUAAUAGCACCACGACGAAUAACUCUAAUAAUAUAUCAGGAGGAAGGAACAAUGGUAAUAAUACGGGAGGCAUUAUCAUAUUAGAUAGAAAUUCCAUUAAUUCAAAUAUUCUUAAUAACCUUGUUCAAUCAUUUGAUAAUAAUCAACCUGAACAAUCAGCGAACAAUCCCCAGAGCGAUAACGGUACGUCUGCUGUGGUUCCUACCGGAUAUGCAAAUAAUGCAAACAGUGGCACUUCCUUCUCAAAUCAACCUACACCAUCUACCCAGCAGCUUCCCUCUAUUUCAAAUGCACAAAAUAUUGUGCAAUCUGACAUUUCAAAUUCAAACAGUAAAAGAAAAUUGCCAGCCCCAUUAUCGGUGUUGCAACCUUCGGCGUCCAGUCCUUUUGGAAUUUCGCCAGGGGCAUCGACAAGACCCUAUGUCGGACCUGAUUCUCCAUAUAACACAAAUAACAAUAACAACGUUAUCAAUGCUAGCGCUAGUAAACGAUUUAGAUUGGAUGAAAGACCAACAGCGUCGCAAGCUGCUUUAGAUUCCCUGUUGUUUAAAGCAAUGCCUAGUCCAAAAUUCCCAGAUAAUAUGUUUAAUACAAACGGCAGUAGGAGUGGAUCUACGCAAAUAAAUUCAUCCAACUUCUCUACUACUAGUGAUAUUAGUGCUCAACAACAAUCUGAUAAUAUUCUUCCUAAUUCUGGCACAUCAGGCAACCUAUUAACAUCAAAAAUUGCAACUCCUAUCGAAAGAGACAAUAUAGCCAUGUUGUCACCAAUACCAGAACCAAUAGAUCAAAUAAUGUCCAGUAAACUAGAUCGCUCUUAUUUACAAAAUGAGAAUACAUCUGAUAUAGGACGGAAAAGAACGGCUUCUAUCGAAGAGAAAGCUUCAAGUACCGAAGGAUCUGCGAUAGAGAUUCAACCAUUAGGAAAUAAACCCCUAAUACCGAAGAUAAAUGCGCCACCUCCUGUGAGAGGAACACAAACAAAUGAAACUGUUGCUAAUAAGAAGUCGGAUGAAUUACCUGCAAGAUUACCUACCAUUACUAAUACCUUCAGAAAAAGUGCUCAAUUGACAAUUAGUGCUCCUCAAAAUUUCUCAUCUACACAGAAACAAGUUACCACAAUAGAUCAAGCUACACCUAAACCAUCUGAUCCAAAAGGUAAUACAAUUAAAGAUAAAAAAGAUACCGAAAAUCUCAAAACUGGUGGUCCAAAUGAGAAUAUUAAAUACAAACUCUCAAGAGAUAACAAAACUAUAUGGGACUUAUAUGCUGAAUGGUAUAUUGGAUUAAAUGGGAAACCAUCUAUUAAAAGUUUGAUAGAAGAAUAUGGAUGGAGACGUUGGAAGGUAAGUGAAGAUUCUCAUUUUUUUCCUACCAGAAGAAUAAUCAUUGACUACAUCGAGAUGGAGGUGGAUAGGGGUAUCAGAUUGGGAAGAUUUAAAAAUCCAGACCAGCCAAGGGAGGAUAUAAGAAAAAUUCUAGUAAGUGACUUAGAAAAAUUCCGUAUAAAUAACGUUUUGACUUUAAAUUCACUAUCGUUAUAUUUCAGAUAUAUGACCAAACGUGGGAAAGAGAUAUGCAUAUUUGAAGAUUUCAAGAACUGGAAUGUUAGAAUAAUGACAGAGGAAGAGAAGACAAAAUCAUGCAGACGUUCUCACCUCCCUGCUGCUCUGAACAAUGCUGAAAGUAAUUCAAAUUCAAGCACAUCGCAUUUGAACAAUGAGAACAUAAAACAAACAGUGACAGAAAAUAUAAACGAGAAAAAUUCCAGCACCAUUUCUAAAAUUAAGUUAAAUAGUGGUUCAAAUUCAAUACCUAAUAAUACUGAUACUAAUUCCAGUACUGUACCUCAAGGACAGGAAUAUGAAACUUCUAAUAACAUACCCGAUGUGGUAAGUACGAAUAAAAAAAAUAGUAACAGUUUGGCACCUUCUAACCAAAUCGAAACGAACAUUGAUAUUUUACAACAAUCAAAUAAUUCUAACGUGCAACAGGUCGGAAGUAAUGGGAAUUUAACUGAUAAUACAAUUAUACACAUGAAAGGUAAUCAAGAUAAUGAAAUAGGUGUCAAACAACAAUCAGACCAUGACUCCACAGAGGUUGAGAAGAAUGGGGACGAUUAA